AUGGGAGAGUUGAUUGAAGAAAAUGAGGAGAGUGAAGAAUUGAGAGAAGUUGAGGAAAGAAAUCAUGCAAAAACCAGAGAAAAAACUCGCUCUCAAACCAAACAGAAAAAAUUUAAAGAAAGAAGAGCCAAGAAAUCUCUCACCUGCACUCAGUGUGGAAAGAGUUUGACAAGCAAAUAUAGUCUUGAUGUUCACAUGAGAGUUCAUACCGGAGAGAAACCGUUCACUUGUGAUCAAUGUGGAAAGUUUUUCACACAUUCAGCAAGCCUUAAGGAUCACAUGAACAUCCACACUAGAGAGAAGUGGCACACAUGUGAUCAAUGUGGCGAAACAUUUUUGAGGGCAUCAUACCUGAUUAAACACAUGAGAGUUCAUACAAAGGAAAAGCCGCAUUCAUGUUAUUUGUGUGGAAAGAGUUUUUCAUGUCUACAAAGUUUGAAAGUACAUCAGAAAAUACAUACUGGUGUGAGAGAGUACAUGUGCUUUGAGUGUGAAAAGACUUUUACUUCAGCAUACUGUUUAAAACUGCAUGAGAGGAUUCACACUGGAGAGAAACCUUAUAUGUGUUCACAAUGUGACAAGAGAUUCAGUGAAUCAGGAAUCCUGAAAAGACACGAGAGGAUCCACACUGGAGAGAAACCGUACACAUGUGAUCAAUGCGGGAAGACAUACUGUUUAAAACUGCAUGAGAGGAUUCACACUGGAGAGAAACCUUAUAUGUGUUCACAAUGUGACAAGAGAUUCAGUGAAUCAGGAAUCCUGAAAAGACACGAGAGGAUUCACACUGGAGAGAAACCUUACAAGUGUUCACACUGUGACAAGAGAUUCAGUGAUUCAGGACAUCUGAAAAGACACGAGAGGAUCCACACUGGAGAGAACCCGUAUCACUGCACUGCAUGUGGGAAGUGUUUCAAUCAAUCAUCUGCUCUACACAGACAUAUGAAAAACAAUCACAGUAAGUAGAUCAUCUUCAGAUCAGCACUUUCAGGUCUGAUGCUGCGUCCUCACCAAAUGAGACACAAUAAUGCAUCAAGCAAUAAAAUAUCAUCUGGAUAAAUCUGUCCUAACCAGUCAUUAUAAGCGACACGACAAAGAAACAUUAUCUAAAGUUUCACAGUGAAUAAAGUUCAUCUUCAUCUUCAAAACCAGCAGAUUCAACUGUGAGAUUCAGCUCAACUCAAAGAUGGAGUUCCACCCCAAAGAACAAUGUCAGAAAGGUUUAUUCUUGUGUAUCAUUUUGCUUAAUGUUAUAGAUUAUAUAAUUGUGUUUUCUUAUGAGUUUCAUAUUAUGUUCAGUUGUCUUAUAAUGCAUAUGCAUCACUUGUAGUUUGCUUAUUCUUUCAUGAAGGAAAGUAGAAGCUUUUUACAAACCGUU